AAAGACGCGGGCUCCGCCCACUACGGCAGGCGAAGGGGGCUGCCCGCGGGGGCCGUUCCCUGGCUUCUUCCGCCAGACCUUACCAAUCGCCGACCCGGCAAAGCUGGCAUUCUCCUCUAAUGAAGAGCUUUUCUUCACCACCUGGGGAUGAUUGCUGAUUACAGUUCUUCCUAAAAAGGAUGGCUGCUCUUCUUCUAAAGAGGCUAACAUUACAGACCAUAAAGACUGAAAAUAAUUGCAUUAGCAGGUGUCUUGGUAAAUACAUCCUAUCCAAGACCAUACCAGCGCAGCUGUCCCUUGGAGCUUCUGUCCCAAGACUGUCCUACCUGGUUCAUGCAAAAGCUUUCAGUACUGCUGCGGACACCCAGGACGAAAGAAAGAAGAAGAAGAAAAAGAGUGAGCCAGCUUUUAGCAACAUCGGCAGAAAAAUUCAUGAGCGAGUCAUUCACGUGCUGGAUGAGGCAGGCAAUGAUUUGGGAAACAUGCACCGAGCAGACGUGAUCAGGCUCAUGAAUGAGCGGGACCUGAGGCUCGUUAAACGGGACAGCGGCGUGGAGCCUCCGCAGUACCAGCUCCUGACGGGGGCACAGAUUCACAAGGAGCAGCUGAGACUUCGGGAACUGGAAAAGGCCCGCCCCAAACCAGGACCUACCCUGACAAAGGAACUCACUUUUUCUUCAACUAUUGGACAACAUGAUUUGGACACAAAGAAUAAACAGAUUCAGCAGUGGAUUGAGAAAAAAUACAAAGUUCAAAUUACCAUAAAAAAAGGGAAGAACACAGAGGAGCCAGAACAUAAGAUGGAGGAGAUCUGUAAUCAAAUACUCCAGACUAUGCCUGGAAUAGCUACCUUCUCAUCCCGGCCACAGCCUGUUCGGGGAGGAAAAGCUGUAAUGUGUGUUCUUCGUCAUUUGAGCAAAAAGGAAGAGAAUGUGUAUAGAGGAACUCAAGGAACCCAGAAAGGAGACACUCUGAACAAAGAAAACAGAACCAAUCAAGAAUCAGAUGUUGUGCAUCAGUGAUUUUAAUAAAGAAAAGUGUGCUUCUUAGCGG